UCAGCUCAGCCACCCAUUCCUGUUCCUGUUCUCCUGCCUGGGCAUGACCACGACAUGAGCAACUGGAGCUGUUCUCAACACCAGAAGCUGUGGAUGAGGAUAGAGCUUCAGGAUCUCGGGCUGUGGCCUGGGUCUCGUUCAGUACGUAACUCAGGGAACACAAUUUCACUGUGGCGUCUUCCUCCACAACCUGAGCUUAUCGAUACUGUGGCUGCGCUCCCAUCUCCCAACUUCUUCCAGCUCCACCCAUUUUUCAUCUGGAAGCCAGAGAGUCACAUCAUGGUCAGGUUGAGGAACAAUUACCUCCUGCCAUGUCUGCAUGGAUGUCCUCAUCCACAGGUGGUCUAUGCAGGUGUGGGCAGGCCCCGAGUGAUUGUUGGCACCAGUGGCCAGUAUUACAUCUUGUCCUCACGUCUCUGCUGCAAGGCCUGUCGGAGGAACUGGUUUGCUGACAAUCCACGAUGGCUUGAGAAGCUGCCCAAGCGGUUUACCAACCUUCUGCCCGCAUUCCUGACCUACAAGAAGGCCAUUUGCAAGUCUGUUAUGGAUGAGCUGAGGCGCAGUAGCAAGUCACCAACCGAUAUGGCAAACCAGGUGAAUGAGCUCAUGCACCUCAAGUAUGAGCGAGCUCACCUGGCAUACCUGCAUGCCAUAGAAAGCGUCAGGGAUGCUGAGGCCGGCAUACAUGGACAGAGGACCAUUGGGCAGUUUCUGAGGAAGGAGAACACGCCACGUGCUUUCGGGCUUUAUGGCGACCAAGAUGGCUGGCAUGGAGUCUCCGUGUCCAGCUUCUACCUGACCGACUACCUACUAGAUGAGUUCAGACGUCAAGAGCCAGCCAUGACCAAACUACUGCAGGGCACUUUUGGGCAGGUCCUCAGGUCAGACCACACCAGGAAAGUUGCAAGAAAAGUAACGCUGGCAUCUGGUGUCAUGUCCAGUUAUGCCAUCAUGAAUGAGAACUGGCUGAUUGUUUCCUGGGUGAUGGUUCAGUCUGAAACUGAGAGGUCAUUGGAGCCGAUGUACCAAGGAAUGGCUAAGAGGUACAGCGAUGCUGGAGUGGAAAAGGCAGGCUUCCACUGGAUGGACAGGGAUUGCUGUGCUCCAUUUAAGAUCCCAGACUGCAUCCUUGGUGAACAUCUACACUGGGAUGCCUGGAAGACUACCCCUUCCAUUGCUGCUGGGGCCACCUCUGGACCGCUGGAGAACACCUGUGCCUCACGGUCACAUUUCAAUCACAAUAUUGUGGUGAAGCUGGACUUGUUCCACUGCCUGAGGCGUUUUUCACGGGAGUGCACCUCUGAGCAUCACCCUCUGUUCAGCACUUUCUGCCAGCUCCUCUCCUCAGCCUUCUCUGUGGUGGAUCAGGAGGAUCUAAAGAGGCUCCAGGAUGCCUAUAGGUUCUGUGGUAUCCAUCCAGCCAAUCCCACCAAACAGCACAUACGGGAGCACUGCAGGACCAAAAUACCACAACCCACAGAGGUGCUGGACAGAGUGGAGAAAGUCCUGAAGCAUCUGCACCAGGCCAUGGACCCCAACAGUGUACCACUCUUCAAGCCAUCCAUGCUGAAGACUUGGCGCAUACAGAGAGUGCACAUUCUCCGCGGUUGCCUCAGUGACCCUGAACUCUCUGAGGGCAUAAUGUACCGGUAUGGUGGAACUCUUCAGCUAAACCACGUACCCGGUGAAGGCGCCAAAGUCCCCAUCUGGAUCCCCGUCAGAGGUACGUCACAGCAGGAGGGGUACCACUUCCACCAGGCCCAGUGGAUCACUGGGACUCAUGUCUCCACUGAAUUGUUCCAGGCCCAGGGCAUGACAGGGGUGGCACGCUGGAACUACCAACGGCUUUUACUGCAUUCAAGUAAAAGACUCUUUACUAUAGUGAAAAUAAAGAUGAUGAUUAUGUUGAAAAGUCCAGGUGAUGCAGGCGGUGGCGCAGGGACUUCGAUGGUCAGACACGGAGUGAAGGAUGAAGUGCAGGGUGCUCUGAAGAGUGACGACGUAAUCCAGACACGAAACGAAAUCCAACAAGACGAAAACUGGAACACAGGAACUCGAGACGGGACACGAAGCACGGGAACAGGAACAGGCAACACAAAGACUUCAUGCAACGAUCUGACAAAGGGAAUGAGAAAGUGGAGGAGACAAGCUUUGUUUGAACAAAGGCUGCAGGCUGCAAGGAAAAACACAGCUGAAAAAUACUGGGGAAUUCGGGAAAUUUUAAGGAGCUGGGACGAGACAGACAACCGCGCAAGUCAAGACAAGGCAAGACAAAAACGACGGCGCAGGAGGAUAAUCAAUCUGGUGCAAAAUCGGCGCCGCAGACCAACCAUUUGGACUUUCAGCCGCUCAAAUGACUGGUGGGAUGUGAUCGUUCCAGGAUUCACAUACACACAGUGGGUGCACAACUUCAGGAUGUCUGAAGAAACAUUUCUGUCCCUUUUUGCCAUGGUGCAUCCAGCAAUGGAUAAGCAGGACACGAACUUCAGAGUGUGUGUUCCCCUUAAGAAAAGAGUUGCCAUAGCACUAUGGAAGCUGGCAACCAACAGCGACUACAGAAGUAUUGGCCAUCUUUUUGCAGUCAGCAAAACAACAGUGUGUCGGUGCGUCCAGGAGUUCUGCAUGGCCGCUUGCACAUUGUUAGUUACAGAACAGAUAUGUUUUCCUGACCGGCAGAAGCUUAAAGAGAUGGCAGCCUACUUUGAAAACCGAUUGGGGCUUCCGCAGUGUGUGGGUGCCAUUGAUGGGUCACACAUACCCAUAAUAAUAGCCCCAAAGGAGUACCACUACGAUUGCUUCAACAGAAAAGGCUGGCAUUCUAUCAUCCUGCAAGGAGUAGUCGACGGAAAAGGACUAUUUUGGAGUGUAUAUGCAGGAAUGGCUGGAAGUUUGCAUGAUGCUCGGGUUCUGAGACUGUCCACAUUGUGGGAGUUAGUCGAGCAUGGAAGCCUUUACCCAGCUUGCACCAGGAACAUUAGUGGGGUGAAUGCUGGCUAUUAUGUGCUAGGAGACUCUACCUAUCCUUUGCAGAAUUGGCUCCUAAAACCAGAAGCUUAA